CUGCUUGACGUGCAGCGUGCUGACGCUGUCGGCCAUCUCGUGCGACCGCUUCAUCGCCAUCAUGUUCCCACUGCAGGCGCACGUGCGCGUGACCAAGCAGCGCACCAGUGCCGUUAUCGGUGUCAUCUGGAUCACCUCCGCCGCCAUCUCCGUGCCUUUGAUCGUCUUCUCCCGUCUGUACACUGUCUCCUGGACGCCGCUGGAAUCCGUGACGUACUGCGGCUGGACGUGGCCAACGGAGGCCAGCUGGGACGCGGAGCGCGAGGAGUGCGUGUUCGCCUCGUCGGGCCGCAAGCUUUACUACUUGCUGGUCACCGUGGCGCUCUUCUUCCUGCCCGUGGCCAUCAUGCUGACCGCUUACUCCCUCAUCGUGUGGCGCUUGUGGAUCACACAGAUGCCCGGAGAGCGCAGCGCUGCGAACAUCAACGCCCAGUGCCGCGCAAAAAAGAAGGUGAUCACAAUGGUGUGCACGGUCCUCAUCGCCUUCGUCAUCUGCUGGAUGCCGCUCCAGGUCAUCGUGCUCUACUCGCAGUUCGGAGACUCAAAACUACGAGACAAGGAGAUGCCGGACUGGUUCAACGAGGCGUCGUCAGUGGCCACGUACAUCGCUUACUCCAACAGCUUGCUGAACCCGAUCAUUUACGGAGGCUUCAACAACAACUUCCGCCAGGGACUCUGCACCGUGCUCCAUUGCUACAUGCGCAGGAAGCCUUCGCAGUUGCCCCGCGGCUGGUCGCAGAGAUCGCGUAUGACCGUGUCCACGGGGACCGUGCCGACGCGAGACUCCUGCCGGGGAGCUAGCUACGCACCGGAUAAGCACGUCGCGCACAUGGAGCUCGUGCCCGUGGACAAAGUGGCGCCGCCACCGAGGGCGCAACCGAUGCUGCCGGGCAGCCAGCGCCAUCACGUGCGUCCCAAGAUGGAGCAACACUGCUGGCACCCCGUGUACGAUUAAAGCCAGCGCUCCACCUCAGACUCCACAGGAUGCGCGCGCAAAGGAACUCGGUGGUGUUCCGCAGGAAGUCGUGUCAUUUGUGGACGGAAAAGGACAGUCACAGAGAAGACUCUUUGUUGUGUUUCUUCCUUGUGAAUGUCCGAUUGCGCUCGCCAACCUGACCUUGCUCAGUGCGCGCGGAAGGCUUCGAGAAAACAGAACAGUUCCUUCAGUGACUGCGCCUGCGACACGGCCAAUGUAUAUGUCACCGCUGUCGCCACUCACUUCAGUAUACCAUGGCGAGGAACCGCAAAGCGUGGCAUCUUCAGUUAUUUGGUGAAACGGACUCGCCUUUAUUAAUGCAUUCGCUUAGAUUGCAGGGCCCGCGGCGUAAACGCUGUGGUGGGGUUGUUGAGCAAAGCUUGUCGGUCGAAACAGUAGACGGCAGGUCUUACAGUCAACUCAAGUCGUUGCUAUAGCCGUUAGGUUUGUGUGAAAUAGGUGUGCGGGCAUCGGAAGGGUCAAGCAACUAUUCACUGAUUCACAAUGGCGCUAAUAGCGAAUGCACCUGCGCACAAGACCUUCGCAGCAACAUUACGAGAAUUAGUUGCGGAGACAAAAUAUAUUGCGUGAUUCUUUUUCACGUCAAGCGGUCCCAUGUGGUA